AACGCGCGCGGCGACCACUUGCGUGAAAUUGAAUUUUGUAGCGUGAGUGGCUGCGGGUGAGGAGUCAGUUGUCGUGUGCAGUGCGUGGCGGCGGAGGUGCGCGGCCCAGCGGAUCAAGUCACUGCCGCGGCCCCACACACGGACACACAUACAUACACACACACGCACAUAGGCCACCAUCGAUCCAGCCACUCAGCAGGCCGCCGCCGCCAGCCGCCGCCGCCGCCGCUAGAUGGUGCCACUCAUCUCCGCGACCAACUUUCCCGGCCGUCAGUAGCAGUAGAGACUUUAUCGCCGUGGGCCAUACGCCCUCCCCUGCGCGCCCGCGGCCACACAUGUCCCUCGAAACGCGGGCGCGGUGAGAUGGCCUCGGCGGCUCUCAACUCCGGGCUGCUGGAGGCGCUGGUGAGCCGCGGCGGGGCGGCCUCGGCCAGCGAGGGGCAGCCCCCCUCCCCCCACGACCCCGCGGCCGCCCACCACGCCUACCUCCACGCCCACUUCCAGGGCCUCGCCUCGCACUACGGCGGCGGCGACCUGCACGACAUGUCUGCGUCCGGCGGCGACGCGACCACCGAGGAGGAGGACGUGAGCCUGGAGCAGCUGAGCCACUACUACCGCGCCGCCGGCGACGACCUGCUGCUGUCCGCCUCGGCCAAGAAGCGGCGCAAGCAGAGCAAGCCCGUGCGGCUGCCCACGCCGCAGGGCCAGGCGGCCGAGGCCUUCACGCUCAAGGCCGAGGAGGCGCAGUUUGACUCCGAGGUGUCCAACCCCUCGGCGGACGGCGACGACGGGUAUGCCUGCCCGCAGUGCCACGUGCACGCCGCCUCGGACGACGCCCUGCGGCGGCACCUCAUCGAGGAGCACAUCGGGCGUGUGCUGAGCGACGAUGAGGCCCGACAGGAGCAGCAGAAGCAGCAACAACAACAACAACAACAACAACAACAACAGGAGCAGGAACAGCAGCAAGAGCAGCAGCAGCAGCAGCAGCAGCAGCAGCAGCAGGAGCGAGACCGACACAAGGGCGAGGAGGGCGGCGGGCCGCUCAACCUGUCCAGCCCCCGCUGGGAGGAGCAGCGCCCCGCGUCGCGGCCCCGAGAGGAGGAGGGGCGCAGUCCCCCGACCUCUAUACCGAUGCCCCCAUCCUUCGGCGACAUGAAGUUCGGCCUGCCGGGCCUGCUACCCCUGGGGCCGCCGCCCUUCUUGCUACCCUUCCUCCAGCAGGCGGAGCACGAGCGGCUGUCUGCCGGCCUGCACACUGGCUCGCCCUCGUCGUCCGCCGGCCACGCCGCGCACAGCCGCAUCUUCAACCAGGAGGCGUACUGCGACCUGUGCAACAAGGAGUUCUGCAACAAGUACUUCCUCAAGACCCACAAGGCCAACAAGCACGGCAUCUAUUCCCCAGAGAUCAGCAGCUCCCCCACGGGACUGCCCCCCAGCCACUCCACGCCCCUGGGGCCCAGCGUGCCCCUCGCCUCGCCCCUAGCUCCCGUCCUCGGCCCCGGGGGCUUCGUGGGCUCCCCUUACGCCGGCGCCUUCAUCGCGGCCAACAUGACCAGCCUACCGCUGCGGCCGCCGCUGCUCGCCCAGGCCGCCGCCGCCAAGAGCCUGCCGCUCGCCAAGGCCGAGUUCGACAGCGGCGGGGUCGGCGGCAGCGUUACUGUGGGUGGCGGCGGCGGGAGUGGCAGCGGCACCAACGGUGGCAGUGGUGGUAGCGGUGGAGGCGGCAGCGGCGGCGGGAGUGGUGGUGGAGCUGGUGUUGGGGGUGGCGGCGGCGGCGGCGGCAGCAGCAGUAGCAGCAGCAGCGGCAAAGCCGGGGGCGUGAUCAACCUGGAGGCGUACUGCGAGCUGUGCCAGAAGGAGUUCUGCAACAAGUACUUCCUGAAGAGGCACAAGUCCAAGAUCCACGGCAUCAUGAUCGACGUGGUCACCAAGCCCAAGAACCCCGGCCAGAUGCCGCCCCGCGUGGCCCCGGACCGCCCCGAGGGGUGGUGCGACGCCUGCCGCCGGGACAUCGGGGGCCGCGCCCCCCUCAACGCCCACAAGCUGCAGGUGCACGGCCCGCACAUCGUGGCGCCGCUGCCCUCGCCCCACAGCCCCUCCCCGCAGGCCCACCGGAACCCCCGCACGCCCACGCCCAAGGACAGCCGCAAGGACGGCCCGGAGCAGCGGGAGCUGCGGGACUACUUCAGCCCCUGGGAGGUGUUCCGGGAGUCCCGUGAGGCAGGCAGAGACCUGUGGGACUCCGCCAAGGAGGCGCACGACCUGGGCAGGGACGCGGCACGCAGCAUCGCUGCCCGCAGCCCCUGGGACAGGCCUCUGGGCUCCCCGUGGGACGCCGUCAAGGUUCCUGAAGGCUUCAAGGAAUCAUCCAAGGACGCAGUCCUCCGGGGGGACCACUGGAGUGAGUCCGGCGGCGGCGACCACCACGGCCUCCGCGAGGACCGCGCGGCGCUGUCAAACUUUAGUCGCCUCACAACCUCCCAAGACUUUCCUCUGGAGGCGCGGGACACGCAGGCCCUGAGGGAGCAGCAGCAGCAGCGAGAGUGGGAGAUGCAGCAGCGGGACCUGGAACACCAGCACCGCGAGCGUGCACUGCAGCAGCAGAAACAGCUGCAGCAGGAGCAGCAGGAGGCACAGAGGCAGGAGAUGCAUUACCGGGAGAUGGAGAGGGAGGCGGAGCUUCAGGAGCGGGAACGCGACAGCUGGAGCCAAGAGCGGGAACACAAGCCCUACGGCGACAAGCAGAUGGAGCUGGAGCAGUACGAGCAGAAGGAGCAGGACCGAGGCGCCGAGCAGCAGAAAAGUGAGGCCGAGACCGUCAUCAAGAGCGAGGCUUCCUUCCACGAGGCUGACGAGGACGCGGCCAUGCCGGACCCCCGGGGCGGGACUCCCGACGAGCCGCGGGGAGAGGCGGGGCAGCUGGCGGAGGGCGCGGCCCUGCACGCCUCGGCGGACCAUAAGACACACGGCGCCGACGACGACCACGGCGGCAGGGAGUGUGCCAGGCCCCGCGGCGGCCCCGACGAGGCGGCGGAGGGCGGCGAGAAGGGCGCGGAGAAGAAGACCUCCACGGCCUCCGCGAGCCUGGAGGGGCGCGACGACGCCCGGGAGGCGGAGCACGAGGAGAGGGAGACCAAGGCCGGGGGCCGCGACCCCUUCCGUGAGGGCCACCGGACCCCCGGCAGCAGCAGCGCUGACGAGAGCUCGCGGGACACUGGCAUCAUCGCCCGCGUGGGCCAGCCCGCCAUGGUGCAGGCGCCGCCGGGCACCAAGUUCACGCCGGAGCAGCUGCGGCAGCUGGGCGUCAUCAACCCCGACGCCUUCUGCGAGCUGUGCUGCAAGGAGUUCUGCAACAAGUACUUCCUGCGCACGCACCGCAUCAAGAAGCACGGCAUCUACACGCCGGAGUUCUCGGAGCGCUCAAAGUCACAAGUGAAGGACAACACGUCACUCAACUUGACGCGGCUGCUGGAGCGGCAGAGCCUAGACGUGCGCCCGCCGCUGCAGGACCUGGAGGCCGAGCUGGAGUGUGAGCUGUGCCGGCGGCCCUUCCCCAGCCCCUACCUGCUGCAGAUGCACAAGUAUUACUUCCACGGCCCGGGCCAGGAGGCCCUCUCCCCCCAGGACCCCCCGCCCCUGGCUCUGCACCCCCACCCGCUGCCCCACGAACAGCUGCGGCAGCUGGCGCUCCACGCCCAGCAGCAGGCGCAGCAGGCACAGGCCCGCAACCAGCAGUCACAUCACAAGCGGAUGCAGGAACAGCAGCGACGCCUCCAGGAGCAGCAGAGACGCCUGCAGGAGCACCAGCAGCGGCUGCAGAAACAUCACCAGCAGCAGCAGCAACAACAACAACAACAACUCCAACAGCAGCAGCAGCAGCAGCAGCUUGACGCGCAGCGGGAGGCGGCGCGCCAGGAAGAGCGGCACCCCGCGGAGGAGGGCACGGCUUCGCGGGCCGAGGAACCGCCGCGCCCCUCCGUCAUCGAGUCCGCGGACUCCAGCAAGUCUGACGCCAGCGAGGACCUGCGGAAGCUCCAGUCCAUGAUCCUGCAGCUGAACCGCCAGGGCGAGGCCAGCGUGCGGUGCCGCGUGUGCGGCAAGGAGCUGGCCAACAAGUACUUCCUGCGGGCGCACAUGAUGACGGAGCACGGCGUGCUGGGCCACGACGAGCCCGCGGGGGCGCCCAGCGAGGGAGCGCAGACGCCCAAGACCCCGAAGGAGGUCGCGGCCAAGGUCUCGCCGCCCUCCACGCCCCUGGGCGCGGAGAACCAGGCCUUCUGCACCAUCUGCAAGAAGGACUUCUUCUCGCGCUACAUCCUGCAGCAGCACCUGCUCAGCGCCCACGGGGUCUUCACGCCGCCCGCGCCUCCAACCUCCUUCAUGGAGCGGAUCAAGGCGGAGGUGGAGGGGCGGGAGGAGCGGAAGCCGCAGUCCACCUCGCGGUCCUACUGCGAGAUCUGCAACAAGGAGCUGUGCAACAAGUACUUCAUGAAGACGCACAUGCUGAAGAUGCACGGCAUCAACGUGGAGAACGGCGUGACGGGCGGCGUGACCUGCGACCUCUGCAACAAGGAGCUGUGCAGCAAGUACUUCCUGCGCGUGCACAAGCAGAACACGCACGGCAUGGUGGAGGAGGGCCGCGAGGGCGACGAGGGCAUCAACAAGUUUGAGAUCGAGACGUGUCCGCUGUGUUCGCGCCGCUUCAAGAGCCGCAAGUGGCUGAAGACGCACCUCACCGGCGACCACGACGAGGCGGGGAAGGAGAAGUGGCGCGAGCUGGAGGCCAGCCUGCGGGAGGCGCCGCCGCCGCCCGCCCCCGGCCUGUCCUGCGUGCUGUGCGGCCACGUGCUGCCCGACAUGGUGGCGCUGCAGCUGCACAUCAUAAAGCUGCACAGCCCGCAGGAUGCCGCCGCGGACGGGGAUUCCCGCGCGUCCCUGGACGAGGCCAAGGACGAGGCCCUCAAGUGCUCCUUCUGCCCCUACACGGCGCCCAACCCCACGCUGCUGUUCGCGCACGCCCGCACGCACGUGCCCGGCGUGUCCUCCUUCACGGGCGUGCUGGGCCAGACGCUGCCGUGCUCCCUCUGCUCGCAGGUGUUCCCGGGGCUGGAGGCGUACCAGAACCACCUGCUGCAGCACCACCUGCAGGGCCUCUUCAAGCCUCUGCUCGACAAGGACGACCCCCACGAGGAGCACAAGCCGCCGCCCUCGCCCGAGGCUCCCGCGGAGGGCCCGGCGGGCGCCGCCUCCCAGACCCUGCGCCGCCGCAAGCGGUGGCGGUGUUCCCAGUGCGGGCGGCGCUUCAAGACCCGCGCGCUGUGCCUGACGCACGUGCACGCGUCGCACAACCCCCGCGCCCGCGGCACGUGGUUGGGCCGCCCGGCCGUGCAACGCCGCCUGUACAAGUGCCGCAAGUGUGGCGCGAUGGCCCCGCGGCUGACGGAGCUGCGGCAGCACAUCCGAGAGCACCACCAGCCGCGGGAGGGCGUGCCCACCUCGCACGCCACGCCCACCAAGGCCACGGGCGCCGGCCGCUUUGUGAUGCAGCCGUUCCUGCUGAACGACAGCCGCGACGGUGAGGACGGGCGCGAGACGGAGGGGCGGGGCGCCGAGCGGCAGUUCGUGCCGUCGCUGGUGUACCUGCCGGUGGCGCGGCGCGUGCACCACCCCCUUACCGUCUCCUUCAGCCUCACGCCCGCGUGAACACCGCGCCGCGCCGCGCGACGCUCCACAUCUCAGGGUCUCUCACUUCGUCAAGUACAAUCACGGGAAGGCCGGGCCCUGGCGCCGCUGCAGGCCGGGCCCGGCGGCGCUCGGUCCGCAGGUCCUCGGCCACGCAGGUGCUACAAGCCCGUGUCGGCGGCAGCAGCAGCGGGCCGACGAGGCGGGCCGUGGCAGGCAGGGCCGCGCCAUGCCGCGCCGCGGGUUCCUGUGUCACUGUACCUCAGUACCAAUCAAAACCGGGCCCGCCGCCCCCUACUCUGGCCCCGGCCCGAGGGUGCGGGGAGGGCGGGGCGGCCCGGGCGGUGCGGGCGCGGGCAGGGCGGGGGUGUUGGUGUGCGGCCAACAGUAUGCGAUAUCAGGCGUCGCCCCCGCCGCCUGCCCCACGCGGCCGCCGCCACGCCUGCACCACGCGGCGGAACACGCGCCGCGCCCCCCACGCCCCCUCUGUGGGGGCGGCGUGCGCGGCGCGGCGGGGCGUGGCGGGGCAGGGCGGCAGGGGAAGCGCCACCCUCGGGGCCUUGCCCCGCCCCCAGCCCGCGCCCCGCACUCAGGGAUUUACUAAGAGUUCUUUACUUAUAUUAAGUAAUAAGUAAUUACAUAGAAUAACAACAAUACUACGGUGAUCUAUAUAUAGCCGACGUGCGCCUGUGUCCCUCAGUGUUACAGCCAACGUGUCCUAACAGUGCUGCUGCUACACGUGUUGCCCGCUAGUGUGGCCCGUCCCGACCCACGCCCCUACUGACCCCCAGUGUUACCCCUCCCCCCGUCCCGGGGCUCCGCGCUUCGCCGCGGCCUGGCGGGGCGCCCCGGGGGUGCGUGGGCCUCCCCGGGCACGCCGCCAUGCCCCGCCCCGCCUGGACAUGUCAUCAGGUUGUGACUCCGUAUUGUGUGAACAGUCCCGCUGUCCCCGCCGCCCCCAGCCCUGUGUCCCCGGCGCCAGGUCUGCCCGUGUGCGUGUGUGUGUUUGUGUGUGUGUGUGUGUGUGUGUGUGUGUGUGUGUGUGUGUGUGUGCCAGGGGGGCCAGGCGGAGGGUGUGGUGCAGCAGUGCUUCGCUGUGAAUGAACAAAAGACGGGAAGAACAAGUGCACCGCCGCCCCUUGUGUCCCCGGCCUGGCGCAGGCAGCCUGGCGCUCAGCACAACGCGGGGACUCAGCAGAUGCCCUUCGCUUCACCUUGCUUUAAAUGGCGUCGAGUGCAGUGUAACCUGAGGAGGAGGAGGAGGACCAGGAGGACGGAGGACAUGAGGAGGAGGAGGAGGAGGAGGAGGAGGUGGAGGAGGAGGAGGAGGAGAAGGGAUGUGUUUGUGCCAUAGAGUAUUUGUUCGUCACAUUCUCUGUCUAGUCAAAUCUGGUAACUAAAUAUUUAUCCCGUAAGUGUUUAUAACGGAAUUUACUAGUGCAUAAAAUAAACAAAUAAAUAAAUAAAUCAUACAUGGAGAGCAAAUUAUGUAAGAAAGACUAUGAGAAAAAUAAACAAACAGACAUACCAACUAAAUCUAUUGAGGAGAAAGUUCAUAUAUCAUUAUUAUUAUUAUUAUUAUCAUCAUUAUAAUUAUUUGAUUUAUUUAGAUAGAGGAAGGAAGAGAGGGAGAGAGAGAGGGAGAGGGAGAGGACAUGUGUUAUACUAUACCCAAGUUCAUAUAUUAUUAUUAUUAUUAUUAUCAUUAUUAUUUGAUUUAUUUAGAUAGAGAAAGGAAGAGAGGGAGAGGGAGAGGACAGGUGAGGUGAGGUGAUGGUAUACCUGGAGUCUGGCCCAAGCAAUUAACUGUUUCAUAGCAAUUCGUUCCAUUCCAGUAAUUUUCAUGUCUAGUCAAGGAGUCUCAUGUUAUGUUCUGUCGAGUUGAACAAUGACCAAAGAAAUUGUUUGACCAAAAUGUAAAAAA